UCCCUGGCGUUCCGUGGCAGUGCUGUGUGGGGAGCCGCGGCAGUGCUCGGGGUGCAGUCAUGGCGGACAGUGCCAGCGAGAGCGACACUGACGGAGCGGGGAGCAGUAGCUCGGCCACGCCGCUUUCCUCUUCUUCCUCUAUCGCCGCUGCUCCAGCGCCGACCACAGCCCGGGACGGCAAGCAGGGCGUGUUUAUCUCGGCGUUCCGGCUGGAGGAGCUGACGAACCGGCUGGCGUCCCUGCAGCAGGAGAACAAAGUGCUGAAGAUCGAGCUGGAGACGCUCCGGCUGAAAUGCAAGUGUCUGCAGGAGGAGAACCGCGACCUGCGCAGGGCCAGCGUCACUAUCCAAGCAAGAGCAGAGCAAGAGGAGGAGUUCAUCUCCAACACCUUGUUUAAGAAGAUCCAGGCUCUGCAGAAAGAGAAGGAGGCGCUCGCCGUGAACUAUGAGAAAGAGGAGGAGUUCCUUACUAACGACCUGUCCCGGAAACUCAUGCAGCUCCAGCAUGAGAAAGCAGAGUUGGAGCAGCACUUGGAGCAGGAGCAAGAGUUUCAAGUCAACAAGCUCAUGAAGAAGAUCAAGAAGCUGGAGAACGACACCAUCACCAAGCAGCUGACCUUAGAGCAGCUGCGUCGUGAGAAGAUCGACCUGGAGAACACACUGGAGCAGGAGCAGGAGGCGCUGGUCAACCGGCUUUGGAAGCGCAUGGACAAGCUGGAGGCUGAGAAAAGGAUCCUGCAGGAGAAGCUGGACCAGCCGGUGUCGGCCCCGCCCUCUCCGCGGGAUAUUUCCAUGGAGAUCGACUCCCCUGAGAACAUGAUGCGGCACAUCCGCUUCCUGAAGAGCGAAGUGGAGAGGCUGAAGCGCAGCCUGCGCACCACCGAGCUGCAGCACACGGAGAAACGAGCGCAGUACAUCGAGGAGGAGCGACAGAUGCGGGAGGAAAACAUGCGCCUGCAGAGGAAGCUGCAGCGGGAGAUGGAGAGGAGAGAAGCUCUGUGCAGGCAGCUGAGCGAGAGUGAGAGCAGUUUGGAGAUGGACGAUGAGAGGUAUUUUAACGAGAUGUCUGCUCAGGGACUGAGAGCUCGUACCGUGUCCAGUCCCACCCCCUACACUCCCUCCCCAUCCUCCAGCCGCCCCAUCUCACCAGGUUUGUCGUACGCCAGUCACACUGUGGGCUUCACACCUCCAGCCACGCUGAGCCGAGCCCCACACACACACUACACUCCCCCAGGACUGCACGUCCACCCUGGACCCUCCCACGGCGUUCAGAGGCCGUCCCCCAGGAGAAGCAGCAGUCCGGAUAAGUUUAAGCGCCCGACUCCUCCUCCUUCCCCAAACACACACUCAGGAGUGCAGCAGCAGCCUCCUCCUCCACCCCCGCCAGCGCAGCCAGCGGCUCCAUCCAGCUCCUCGCUCCCUCCUGCUCAGCCUUAACGCAUGCACCACAACCACAGCGCGCGAGGCUACAACACACAGCGAUUCAACAAUCUGCGAAGAGGAACAGUUGGACUGGGAAGUUUUCACAAGACAGGUUUUGUUUUGUGAACUGACCGAGCGGCGGCCAUGUCUCCAAACGUGUCGUGCGUUUUGAUUUCGAACGAAUGACGGUAUAAAUUUAAGUUGCUUUCUGGCACUGAUCCUCGUUUCCUUUGGUUGCUUAAACGUUAGUAAUGAGGCUAAUUACCAAAUUACUUUCAGCUAAACAAAGAACAUGAAUGUUCCAACUCGAACAAAACACUUCAGUGUAAAGAGCGACGAAAAAGAAAACGUGAUGCCGGUGUUUCAAGAAGGAGGAAGUCGUUGUAUAGCACAGCUGAUAUGAUGAACCCUUGUGCAAGUUUUUUUUUUUUUUUAAAUGGUGUUUGUGUCGAUAAAAAUUGUGUAAAGUAAAAAAACAGGGCAGAAAUAAGACUUUAAACAGCAUUUGUUGCAUAUUUUGCAUGUGUACAUAAUGAGUGCUGUGUGCGCGCGCUGGUUUCUGGAAUUCGCCCUUUUACACUGAUCUGAGGCCAGUUUUGCACCGUUAAAGAAACAGUUUGUGGAAAAACAUCUUCACCUGAGACGACCUUAGUGUCUGCAGUGUCUAGUAGGGUUUUCUUUCCAUUAAAGCAGCAAUGCAUUUUUAAAGGAUGUCAGCUUAGCCGAGCAUUGGCUUUAUUUAGAGUAAGAAAACCGGAUUUGACCGAAAUGUACUCAUUUUACAAUUCUGAGAUUAUAAUCAUGUUGUUUCUACGCAGCAGACGACAACCAAUUUAAUCUUACUGCACCAAAAUGCUCAAAUCAUAAAUUGGUUAAACUACCAGGCAAGUAAAAUCCUCAAUUUGGUUUCCUGAAAUGUAAUUAAUGCCAGCGAAGCCAAACCGAGAACUAAAUAUGCCAGAUAUGAUCUCAUAGCCAUCAGAAAUUCAUUUAAUUUUUAUGAGCUCCGGGUUUCUACCUCAACAUCGCACAUAAAAAAAAAAAAAAAACCUCUGUGCCAGCAUCUUUGCUUUCUCUCUGUUUAAACUACUAUUGCCUCCUGAUUUACGUGAGGUGUGUCAGAAGGUUGAGAGUUCAAAUCCCAACAAUGCCGCAGCCAUCCAAAAUAUUCCGUGUUCUCUUGUGAGUCGCAGCAGCAACAACCAAUAGCAUCUGUGAGCUUGUGUAUGUGGAAGAGGGCAGAGAGCACUUUCCUCGGAGUGAUUCAGCAUACACAGGUCAAAAAGAUGCGGUUGUUUGCCUUUACAUGUCUCAAUUAAGUUGACUUGUCAGGUUUUUGUCUUUCUCUGGUUGUUUGCUAGUUUCUUUACUCCUGCUGCAAUUAAAUUAUUUGCAGAAGGCAAAGUGAAUAUUGGUGAAUAAUAACCGAGACUAAGUCACGGUCAAUAUUUUGUUAUUCCACGAAAUCGAGUCAUACAUGAGCUGAUGGCCAACGAGGCACGUAGUACCGAGUUGGCUAUAAGCCAUGUAUGAUGAGAUUGAGUCGAAUCAUUUUUUUUUUAAAAUCCACAUUCACUGGAUUUUAAGAAAUGCAGCCUUUUUUUUUUUUUUUUUUUUUUUUUUACAAAUUCGAUAAAUAAAAACUUUUAUCCAAAACAUCUGACAAAAUAAUUUCCGCUUAGAAUGUAAACAAACCAGCGAAAUGACAGGAGCAAUUUGUGAAAAAUGCGAUAAUUCUUGAAAAAUAAGAUGUUCUUGCUAUCAAAUACUUUUAUUCCGUAUUUGGUUGCGCUUUUGUAAUUUUUUUUUGGGGGGGGGGGGGGGGG